UCCUGGAGGUGGAAGGAAGAGGCUUCACCCUCUUUGAAGCGGUGAAGAAGAGUCGCAGGAGAGAAGACGAGAAACGAUUAGAGCUUGAUAUCGCUUUUAACCUCCCGACCUCUCCUAAGUCCGGUCUGCCUCACCUCUCCUCUCCACUCAUAUCCAGUCUGUGGUUUCCUCUCCCCACCCUCGUUCCCUUGCUCUUACACCCCUCCCCUCGGGAAUCCUUUUCCCGCCCCCCCUCGCCCCCUGUGGAGUGCGCACGCGUCCACCCCCAGCUUCGUGCGGGAUCGCCACCUAACCUGCUAGCGUAGUUGCUCUCCUCUGCCCGCUAAAGAAGCAUGGGCGUCCAGGGCUUCCAAGAGUUCCUGGAGAAGCGCUGUCCUGGGGCCGUGGUACCCGUGGACCUCCUCAAACUCGCGCGCACUGUCUCGCGCCAGCAGCAGCAGCACCACCUGCAUCGCCAGCUACCACCGACUGCACUUCUAGCGCCUGGGGCCCCACGCGCCGCCAGGGGCUCCGCUCCUCUGCAGCCGCCGUUCCCACCCGCUGCCUUGGGUGCCUACUCCGGGGGCGCAGGGCCGACUCGGCACCAUCACCCUGCUCACCACUUCCACCACCACGGCCAGUCGCAGCCUGGGCUACACCCUCUGCUGCCGCCGCCGCCCCCUCCGCUACCCGGGGCCCGGGUACUGGUAGACGCGGGCUCGGCGCUACCGCGGCUUUAUGGUGGCUAUCAGACGGAUUGGGUGUGUGGUGGCCAGUGGAAUGCCAUGCUGGGCUACUUGUCAGCGCUGUGCCAGGCUUGUGCCUAUCCCGGCGGCGAAGGUCUGGAGCUGGUGGUCAUGUUCCCCGGCGGCCUGGGCAAAGACCGACUGGCCGAGUGGGGCCGUCGGUGCCAGGCCGAGAGGCAGACAGCGCAACUGAUCGUGGGACACGUGGGCAACAAGGGCACCCCUCCACCACGGGCCUGGUUCCUGCCACCAGCUUGCCUGAGCCACUGCGUGAGGCUAGCACUCAUCCGCUUCCGGGUCAAGGUCUUCCAGAGCCUUGAAGAUCAUCAUUUAGAAGUGGUAGCUUUUUUCAGGGAAAAUGGCUUCCAUGGCCUUCUUGCCCAUGACUCCGAGUAUGCUCUCUAUAAUAUUCCUUCUUACUACAGUUCCCAUGCUCUAAAGUUGAGCUGGAAUGGGAAGAACCUCACUACCAACCAGUUCCUGAUGCAGGAGGUGGCCAAGCAACUGGGCUUGAAGCGCAUGAAUUUUCCCAUAUUUGCUGCACUGUUAGGUAACCACAUUCUUCCAGAUGAGGAUCUGGCUGCUUUUCACUGGAGCCUUUUAGGACCAGAACAUCCUCUUGCAUCACUUAAGGUGCGAGCUCAUCAGCUGGUUCUUCCGCCCUGUGAUGUGGUGAUCAAGGCUGUUUCUGAGUAUGUUAGUGCCAUCAAAGACCCUUCAAACCUCGAUGUCGUGGGGAAGGAUGUUUUCAAACAGUCUCAGUCUAGGACAGAAGAUAAAAUAGAACGAUUCAAGAAAGCAGUUGAGUACUAUUCAGUUACAACCAAACUCUCUUCAUUGCCAGCGGGCCCAUCCUUUGCAGGCUUUCGAAAUAAUCAUCUUGGAAAUCCUUCCCUUCCACAAAAUCAUCUUGGCACAAUUUCUCCUGGAAAACCAAUGUUUCCUCACCAUGUGCCCCAGAAAAUGAAGUGUCCACCACCAUUCUCAGUGGGAUCCAACUCAUCUCUCCUCUUUGCUUCCCAUGCUCUGGGGGAAUCCAAUGCCUUUUCUGAGGAUCCCACAUUAGAAGACAGCCCCUUUGCCAGUUGGGCUGUCUCUUAUGACACCUCUUCACCCCAGUUCCCUAAUUACCUUACUUCCAAAACUUCACCUCCUUUGCGACCAGACUCUUCCCAUUCUUCUUCCUCUGAUGGUGAUGAGCCAAAUGGAGCCAGCUCUGAUCACAUCACAGAAACAAUUCAGCAGCAACCUGGAUGGCAAGAUUCCAAUGGUGACAGAGGGUCUUGGGCACAACCUGUUGAUGCUGGAGUUUCAGAAGCCAGCCUAGGUGAUGUUGAGCCUCACAUCCCAUCUCUACUGUCUAUGUCUACAAGGAACCACAUGGACAUCACUAUUCCACCCUUACCUCCAGUAGCUCCAGAAGUCUUACGGGUUGCUGAACAUAGGCAUAGAAGGGGCCUUAUGUAUCCAUAUAUCUACCAUGUCCUCACUAAGGGUGAGAUUAAGAUCCCAGUAUGUAUUGAGGAUGAAUGUAACAUGGAGCUGCCCCCAGCCACUCUUCUGUUCCGAUCAGCUCGUCAAUAUGUAUAUGGAGUCCUUUUUAGUUUGGCUGAGACACAGCGGAAAAUGGAACGCUUGGCCGUUCGGCGGCGGCUACCUGUAGAAGUUCCUUCAGUGAUUCUUAAAGAAUGGUCGGCCUAUAAAGGGAAAUCACCUCAAACUCCUGAGCUGGUAUCUGCGCUAACAUUUCGGGAAUGGACCUGCCCAAACCUCAAGAAGCUCUGGCUGGGCAAAGCAGUUGAGGACAAGAACAAAAGGAUGCGGGCUUUCCUGGCCUGUAUGAAGUCAGAUACACCUAGUAUGCUCAAUCCAGCUAAUGUCCCUACACAUCUGCUGCUUAUGUGCUGUGUUCUCCGGUACAUGGUUCAGUGGCCUGGCACCCGAAUCCUCCAUCGCCAUGAAUUAGACACCUUCCUUGCACAGGCAGUGUCUACCCAGCUUUAUGAACCAGAUCAGCUCCAAGAACUCAAGAUUGAGAAACUGGAUGCCCGAGGGAUCCAGCUUGCUGCUCUCUUUAUGAGUGGAGUCGACACAGCUCUGUUUGCUAAUGAUGCCUGUGGCCAACCUGUCCCUUGGGAACACUGCUGCCCCUGGAUAUACUUCGAUGGCAAGUUGUUCCAGAGCAAGCUUAUUAAAGCAGGCCGAGAGCGAGUAUCCCUGGUUGAGCUCUGUGAUGGCCAGGCUGACUUGGCAACCAAAGUGGAAAAGAUGAGGCAGAGUAUCCUUGAAGGAGUCAACAUGAAUCAUCCACCACCUUCAGCUCUACUUCCAUCACCUGCUUUUAUACCCCCCAUGGUGCCCUCUCUCUACCCUGUUUCACUUUAUUCCCGAGCUAUGGGCUCAAUGCCACCUCACCCUCAAGGAAGGAGCCGGGGAUUUGCAGGUCUCCAUCCAAUCCCACCCCAAGGAGGAAAACUGGAAAUUGCUGGGAUGGUGGUAGGCCAGUGGGCUGGCAGUGGAUCCUCCAGGGGCCGAGGAUCCUUUGGCAUGCAAGUGGUUUCUGUCGGUGGGCCAGGAAAGGGGCAUGGAAAAGAACAGACUGGUAGAGGGCCUAAAGGACACAAAAAAGGAAAUAAACAAGGCUCUUCAGAUGGAAUUUCUAAAUCCCUGGAGCUUCGGCAAGGGCAGUCUCACUCCCAGGUAAAUGGAAACAACAGCACAUUGACCAAGGAAGAGAAGAGUGAUCAUCAUCUUCCAGCUCCAACACAAUGUGCCUUAACCAGAGCCAGCAAUGUGUGUAAUGAUGAUAACCACUGCCUCCCUAUGAAGAAUGAGGAGAAUCGCUCACAAGAACAAAAAUUAGAAAUUGUGGCACAACAAAAAGAGGAAUGACAAGCUGAAGAUGACUUCUCAAGUCAGGAAGAAGGGAAAACUGUACUUCUCUGAUUCUAGGCCCAAGUUAGAGUAGGAUAUAAGUGCUCGCCUAAAUUUGUCCCCAAUUUUGAUGGGAUAUCUUAAUAUGUCCAUCUUUCCCUUUCCUUAUCUUUUCUUGGGCUCCAGAGUUAAGAAUUGGGGAAUUUCUGGUUAAAGAUAAGUAACAUGAAAACUAGUUCCAAUUCUCAAAUUGAAUAUGUAACACCCAUAUUUUAUCUCAUUUGGAAGUGAAGUAAGGUAGUAGCUGUCAGAAAAUGGGUGUUAUCAUAUAAGUCCUAGAAAAUAUUUCUACUGUUGGUUUUUUGAGUAUCAUGAUACUUAUUUGCAGACUUAUCUGAUACAUCUAUGGAGUUGAGGGGACAGCUUUCUGUAGCUUCCUCAUUUUUUUCCUCUGAAUUGAUAUGGUCUUUAUGUAUAAUUAGUAUCCAUCUCCUCUUUACUUUUACUCCCAACUCAGCUGCCCUAGGAUUUUGUACACCACCUCUAACUCUGGCCUGACAUUCAGAUAAGUAGAUGUUUUUAGGGAACUGGAUAUUACUGAUCAUUUUAUUGUUUAUUUUAUACACACACAAAAUAACUACCAAUGGCCUUUGUACUGGGAGAUUCAAGUGAGUCGGAAAAGUACUGGGCAGAUUUUUCCUGCCUCUUAACUAGCCCAUUGUUUGUAAAAUAGAAGAAAUGGUGCAGUUCACCCACUCUCUGCUGCCCAUACCUUGAAAUGGGUGGGAGUCAAUGCUAUGAACCUGAGUACAAAAGGGACUCAAAAGACUCUGUGUGUGGGUGUGGGUGUGUGCGGUUGUAUAUAUAAAUGUGUGUAUCUAUAUGCAUACACAUACCCUUUAUAUAAAGAGACAGAUCUAUUUAUCUAUACAUAUUUUAUAUGUGUGUGUUUGUGUGUGUGUGUGUGUAUAUACACAUGCAUACACACAUGGUGAUGUCCCAGAGGAUUUACUGAACUUCCCAGAAACACUUCCACUACUAUGGAGUGGUGGGUUUCAAAAGAUCAUGCUUUAAAUCUAAAAUCUUUACUAAGUCACAGCCCAUCACAAUUCUAAAAAGAUGGACUACUCUAAAUCAGACACAAAGUACUUUCCAGAGAUUGCCUGUUCAGAACAACAAACAUUUGGGUUGUAACAAGCUUAAUCUUGAACAGAGCCCUCACAUCCCAUAUGGUUAAAAACUAGAGGUUGCAAUGGGAUUGGGAAGAGUUGAGUGUUUCUUUAUAAAAGUGUGAAGAGAAAGGGUGGAAAGUGAUUUGAAAUUCUGCCAAUUUGGAGAAAAAUCUCCUGGAAUUCCAGGGUCAAAUUGGCUUCAAGUAAGAACUGAUAGACAAGGUCCCUGGAAGAGGGAUGGUUUGUACUGGAAGAUGGUGCAGGGAAAUGUGAGGAAAUUUGACAAUUUGAUUUUACAUGCCUAGAUUGUUUAAUUUGUUCAUUGGCAUUUUGACUACCGGAUCUUUUCAUUUGCUUUGCAAGGAAGGCUUCAAAGGACUUUGGCCUGGGCCUUGAAAAAUAUUCUAUAAAAGAUUCUUAGGCCCCUUUGUGACCAGGAUCUGCCCAGGAUAAAAAGGCUGUUCCUCCUUGUUGGAGAUAAUCUUGAGACAACCUUGAAUUUCCAGUUUCUCUCCUUGGGCAGCCAAAAUACAGGGAUGGAAACAUGACUUGCAACAAAUUAACACUGCAACUUCAUUCUGGAACUGGGGCUUCCAGCCUCCUAUGUCUCUAUCUGGGCUUUCUUACGUCUUGCCCAGGAAGUAUCACUUCUACUGGAAUACAACUGACUACAAUUCUAGCAGUGUUCUCUUUUCUUUGGAAAAACCUCUUGUACAUUAGCCCUCAGCAGGUCCUUGGUGAUUCCUCUUUUGUUUUCCAGACAACCAGAAGACCAUUUGCUAACUAUCCACUUACGAUGACCAUAUCAUAAGAAAUUGAAAACAGUUUCAGACUAAUUAUAGUCUGGCCCAGUUUAAGAGAACCCAGUUUGCAGGGGGGAGGGCCCUAGAGUACCUUGCCCCUGCUCACAUAUUUCUUAUCCAAAGAGGGAUAAGAAAACAAAAUGCAAGCAGGAAGAAAGCAUAUGAGCACCUUCUACUGGAGUUAGCCCCUCUGAUUUGAUCCCCUUCUUCUCUUGGACCUGAAUAAUCUUAAAGGUUAGGACUUACAUAUGCAUCAAGGGUAGAAAUUUAAAUGGCCCAGAGUUCUCUUUCUGUGCCAUAGAACUCGAAGCAUAACCAGAGUCACUGAAUAUAUAUAUAAUUUAUUUA